AUGGUACCAACCGCACAUCUCAAAUUUCCAAGCAGCAAGGUGGUAUCAACCACACCACGACCCGCGUGGAUAUUGAAACUCCCCCAAGAACUACUGUGGUCGAUUUUGCUGCCAGGUGUCACCUAUCAAUCCGUCUCUCACGUAUUUCACGACAGGGCGCCUGACGUGGCCAACCACGACCCCGAGUUCUUCUUGAGAUGGAGGAAGUUCUGGAAGCUGCGCACCGUCUGCCGCCGCUUCAACGACUUCCUCUUUCCCUUGCUAAGCCAUGCCUUCCGUCAGGAGGCCCUCAGCAUACUGGCCGCCACGAUUAUCGUCGACGGCCCCCAGCACGAGCUCGGUUGGAUGGGGGUCAUCGAGGGCUGCUACCACCCGCUGCAGCCCCUCAACCAGAUAUUGGAGCAUUGGACUCUGGGGGAAAAGCAGAGGACCAGUUUCCUCUGGAACAUGUACGUGGCCCUCAGAAACCCGAACCGUGUGGUCACUCGCGAUGACCGCCUAAUAUUGGCGAUGAACAAUGACCGCGCUGAGAAGCUGGUAUUGUGCGCUUUUGACGACUGGUGCUGGCUAUAUAGGGAAGACCUCCUGAGGCUCGGCGGCCCGACCGGUCUGUGUAUGCAUUGGUGGCGCGGUGAAGAUCCCGUGGGCUGCGAUACGUAUAGGAAGAUGCAGGAGGCUCAGAUGCAGACCCUGGAAUGCUUGCACAUGACCGUGGCCGACCCUUCGAGAUUGGUCGACGAUUUCAUCAAGUUACGGUUCAGUCGAGGUGGUGGGAGGCAUUGA